UGGGCAUCAGCUGCACCCUACGGGACCUCGCCAACCUGCCUAAACCCUGUCCCAUCACACGCCCAUUGCCGCCAGCGGCAGCCAGGCAGUGAGCGGGCAGUACGAUGCAGUGGACUGUAUCGGCGAAGGUCAGACGGGCACGCUCCACUCCCGGAACACAUCAGCCCACAACCCAGAGUCCCCAAGUCCAAGCCGGCGUCCUGAUCCCACGCGCAUGCGCCCGAUCGUAUCAACGGCUUGUACUCAGCCCCGCCAUUCACGCCGCCCGCCACUUUCGAUGGUUCAACGCCAGCGAGUAGCCUAGACCCUCGAUUACAACCAUGGGCUAUACCAAUGAUAAGUGAGUAUCACUGCUGUGGCCACGCGAAGUCACACACCAGCUGUCGCUGCCUUACAAUAAGCACGCCAUGCAUGUCUCCAGCGUCGCUGAGCUCAGGGCCAGUUCGUCUGUGUGAAAAGCGAGGUGUGUAAAGUAUGGAGCGGUUUAAGCCACGUACUUUGUAACCGGGCGCCAUCGCAAGCUGCAUCGUCGGCACACGCCCAGGCGCGGCUUGACACGCGCCUUGGGACGGGCCGGGAUGCACCAUCCCGGCUAUAUGUCGCGUGUUGCUGCACAAUUAUUUAUAGCCAAACCGGGUACAUUAUCCGGGCUAUCGGGAACGCCCUUUGGCGACACUUGCUUUCCAAAGUCUUCUUAUUCUUUCGCGACGGUAGCUCCCAAGGGCUGCUCUAAUUCUGCCGAAUUUGCCACGGAGUACUCCAAGCCGAUAAGGACCACCCGGUGGCACGAGUCGUCCCGGCUGCCGCCUCUUCCCUCUGCAGCAGACUCCUGACAACAGCCCUCUCGUUCCAACUCACCCGCCCGGCCUCUACGCGCUAACAGCACCAGCGCCAUGGACAGCAAGGAAGCGGCGGAGCCGGCCUCGGUCCACGUCAACGUGGACGUGGAGGCCCAGAAGGCCCAGGCGCAGGCGGAGGCCGCAGCCAAGGGCGGCGCGUGCGCAACAAGCGGCAUGAGCAAAGGGAAGAUCAUCGUCACUUCCUUGGUGAUUUUUCUGGGGGUAGCGGUGGGCGUGGGUCUGGGCGUUGGCCUGGGCGUGGGUCUGAAGAAGGACGACGGCUCGUCGGCCUACACCUCCCUGGACCUGGGCACGGGGUCGGGCGGCGGCAACACCUACUUCGUCGCGGCGGACAAGAUUCAAUGGAACUACGCGCCCUCGGGCCGCAACAAGUGCUUCCCGCCCGACCUGGCUGCCAAGUACUUGGCCAUGCAGCCCGGCAUCACGCGUGUGGGCGGCACCUUCGCCAAGGCCAUCUACCGCGCCUACACAGACAGCAGCUUCAACACCCUCGCCACCACGCCCGCUGAAUGGCAGCACCUGGGCAACGUGGGCCCCGUCAUGUACGGCGCCGUGGGUCAGGUCAUUCGCGUGGUGUUCAAGAACAACCUGGACUUCCCCGUCAACAUGGCUCCCAGCGGCGGCCUGAUCGCCUGGGACGGCAACGGCCGCCGCUCCGCCCGCAUCGACCCCGUGAAGCCCGGGCAGACAGUCACCUACCUGUGGCAGAUCCCCGAGGACGCUGGCCCGGUGGCCAACGCCACUGUGACCAGCCGCCUGUGGCUGUACCGCAGUAGCGUGGACCCGCAGAAGCACGACAACGCAGGACUGGUGGGCCCCAUCAUCGUCACCUCCGCCGCCAACGCCGACGCCAACGGCCGCGCCCGCGACGUGGACCGCGACGUGGUGGCCAUCUUCCAGCUUGUGCAGGAGCGCGCCAGCCCGCUGCUGUUCCAGGAGGACACCAGCCUCACCGCCGGCACCUCCUACACCAAGAUGGCCAUCAACGGCUACACCUGGUGCAACAUGCCCGACGGUGCCAUCACCAUCAAGACCGGCGAGCGGGUGCGGUGGCACGUGGCCUCCAUUGGCUCGUCGGAGUCGCUGCACAACUUCCACUGGCACGGACACGUGGUGGAGCUCAACGGGCACCAUGUGGACCAGUUCACCGCCAUCCCCACCGCCACCUACUCGGUCAACAUGGUGCCGGACGAGCCCGGCACCUGGAUGUUCCACUGCCACGUUAACUUCCACAUGGACGGCGGCAUGGUCGCCCUCUACACCGUCACCGGCGACCCCGCGCCCCUGCCCACCGGCGGCGUGGAGCGGGUGUACUACGUGCGCGCGCAGGAGGUUGAGUGGAGCUACAGCGGCCCCAACAACACCCAGGCCUGCGCCGUGCCCGAGCUGCAGUUCUCCAGCGAGCCCGGCAGUGAGGAGGUGAACGGCAAUGUGUUCCUGGAGGGUCCCUCCACCGACCCCGUGCGCCUGGGACACAUCUACACCAAGACGCUGCUGAUCGAGUACACGGACGCGAGCUUCACCACCGUCAAGCCGCGGCCGGCGGACGAGCAGUACCUGGGGCUGCUGGGGCCGGUCAUGCGGGCCAACGUGGGGGACACCAUCAAGGUGGUGCUGAAGAACGACGCCAAGAUCGACGUGAGCCUGCACCCUCACGGCGUGCGCUACAGCAAGGCCAACGAGGGCACGCUGUACGAGGACGGCACCAGCGGCGCCGACAAGGCUGACGACGUGGUGGCGCCCGGCACCACCUACACCUACGUCUGGAACGUUCCUGACCGCGCCGGCCCCGGCCCGUGCGACCCCAGCUCCAUGCUGUGGAUGUACCACUCCCACAUCGACGAGACCGCGGAGACCUACGCCGGUGUGGCGGGAGGCAUCAUCGUCACCGCCAAGGACAUGGCCCGCAGCACUGCCGACCUGACGCCCAAGGACGUGGACCGCGAAAUUGUCAUCUUCUUUACCGUGGUGGAUGAGAUCAAGUCCUCCAACUUCAUGGAGAACCUGGCCAACAAGCUGGGCGACGGCGGCGCGCUGGCGGCCCAGCUGGCGGCCAACGCCACCGAGAUGACUGCGCUGGUGACCGACCCCGUCUUCAUGGAGCACAUGCUCAAGCACGGCAUCAACGGCCACAUGUACUGCCACAUGCCCCGCCUCACCUUCGAGCAGGGCGACAAGGUCCGGCUGCACGUGAUGGUGCUGGGCACGCUGGAGGACAUGCACACGCCCAACAUGGGCGGCCCGCGGUUCGACUACAACGGCAUGCACACCGACUCCAUCCAGAUCAGCCCGGGCGGCAUGGUCAGCGCCGACGUGCAGAUGACCUCGCCGGGCGACUACGAGCUGCAGUGCCGUGUGGCGGACCACGUGAUGGCGGGCAUGCGCGCCAAGUACACCGUCACCGCCAACGCCAGCCGCAUGGUGGUCAACCCCUCGGGCGUCACCCGCACCUACUACAUCCAGGCAGAGGCCGUCAACUGGGACUACGCGCCCGCAGGCUACCAGAAGUGCACCGACACGGACUUCUCCUACCAGUCCUCCGUGUACCUGCGCCGCACCUCCUACACCAUCGGCUCGCGCUACCGCAAGGCCGUCUACCGCGCCUACACCGACGCCACCUUCUCCACCCGCGUGCCCACGCCCGCCUACUACGGCACCAUGGGCCCCAUGAUCAUUGCCGAGGUGGGCGACCGCAUUGUGGUCCACUUCAAGAACGCCGUGACCGACCUGGAGGAGUACCCGCUCAACAUCAGCCCCGGCGGCGGCCUGCUGGUGGAGGGCGCGGCCGACGAGAACUGCGCCGAGGUGGCGGCGGGCGAGACCUGCGUGUACCGCUGGAUCGUGCCUGACAGCUCCGGCCCGGGCACCGCCGACUUCAACACGGCCGUGUACGGCUACACCAGCAGCGUGGACGUGGCCACGGCGCCCAGCGCGGGCCUGGCGGGCGCGCUGGUGGUGGCGGGGCGCGGGCAGCUGGUGGCGGGGCCGGACGGCAGCCUGCUGCCCCGCGGCGUGGACCUCAUGGUGCCGCUGUACUGGCAGGUGGUUGACGAGAACUCCAGCCCCUUCCUCGACCUCAACGUGGAGGCGGCGCAGCUCAAUGUCACCAAGUUCGAGAACGACGCCGUACUGAGCGCCGACUUCGAUGAGGGCAACCGCAUGCACUCCAUCAACGGCUACGUCUACUGCAACCAGCCGCUGGUGACCAUCGCCAAGGGCAAGAAGCUGCGCUGGGUGCUUGUGGCGUACGGCACGGAGGGCGACUUCCACAGCCCGCAGUUCACGGGGCAGAGCUUGGAGGCCGACAAGUCGGGCUACUCCACCCUGGCCUCGCUGAUGCCCUCCAUCGCGCGCGUGGCCGACAUGACCGCCGCCGACGUGGGCACGUGGCUGCUGUACUGCGACGUGCACGACCACUACAUGGCAGGCAUGAUGUCGCAGUUCGCCGUCACGGCCGCGUAAGAGCGCGCGUGCUAUUUGUGCGUUCUGUGUUGUUUGUUGUGUUGUUGCUUGCGUGAUUUGUCCAUAGAUAUUUAGGCUUAAAAGGCCUGGCUCGUUACGGCAGCUAGGCGAUUAGGAUGGUCCUAGGGCGAGAGCAUGCAUGGGCGGCCAGCUGCUUGCGCUGCAUGCAAUAAGGGGGCGUGGGCGGCGGGUAAUGCUGCUGACGGAAUAGCAGCCAUGCGUGUAUGUCUGUUUAUGUAUGUAUGUGUGCACGUGAUCAAGCGUGGGCGUAGCACAUUUUGUGUUGAGCCGCGAACUUCGGUUGUUUUUAUGACGCACUCCUCGGAGAGCUCGCAUUUGGGUCGGGGCAUGGAAUGACAGACGAAGACGUGACCCCUAUGAUAAUGGGAAGGCAGAUGUCAGCGCCCCUGCACGCACGCAUGCUGCGCGUGCUUGCACACCCCGGGUCGGGUGCAAGAAAUGGGGGUUGACGGUGCGCGGGCACUGGGCCAGCUUGCCCAGACGGCCUGCGGCUAUGAACAUACGGUGCUCCAAUGACAAGACUGCAGCGCGGACCUUCCAAUGACUAUCUUGCUGCGCGGCGUCAUGGGUAGCCAAAUGCUUUAGGGCGCCUUGGAUGUUUGUAUGUAGGGUGCGGCAGAACGUGUGACCCAUGUGAGUUUGCUUGUCUUGAGGCGCGGUGAGGUGAGCUCAUUGGGUGGGCCCCUGUGCCGAGCGCAUCCGCAUGUGCACGUGUGAGCGCGCCAACAGUGCAACAUAACCGUGAGUGUGUUUGUGAGAGCGUGUGCGAGUGACCAGCCAUGCCGCCCAUGCGGGCACAUUAACACGCGUGAAGCGGUUGCGUCGUUGCCAUGGCGGGCCGGCGCGGUGUGCAACUGUGCACUCAAGAGUCAGGGGGUGGUGGUGUGUUCCCAGGGCUCGCAUGCGCGAGUUCGUGCCUCUGAGCAGCCUCUCAGCUGCCCGUUUUAACGAUGCAAGGCUGUUCAGACGAACGGUGAAAGCAAGUAGCAACUUACGGCGGACGGAAGUGCGCAGCCGGCAGCUGGCGGGCACUCAAGACUCAAGAGUGUAACCGCUUCACCGG